CUGAGUGAGUGCCGGCCCGGUCGGGGCGGGGGAGAAGAGGGAGGGGGCCGGAGAGAGGCGACCCAGGAGUCGUUGUGGGCCGCGGGCCGCGGGCCGGACCGGGUCCCGGGGCGGCGGGCGCCCGGGCCGGGCGGAAGGGCUUGGCGGGCCGUUAGAGGGCCGCCGCGACGGUCGGGUCCCCGCUCCUGCCGGACUUACGCGCCCGGCGCCGGGAGCCUCCGGCGCGGUGCCCUCCCGCUCCAGCUCGCGUCUCCCGACUCCAAUUAGAGCAACCCGACGGCCAUGGAGGCCGAGGAGACGAUGGAAUGCCUUCAGGAGUUCCCUGAACAUCACAAGAUGAUCCUGGACCGAUUGAAUGAACAGCGAGAGCAGGACCGCUUUACUGACAUCACCCUGAUUGUCGACGGACACCAUUUUAAGGCCCACAAAGCUGUAUUGGCUGCUUGCAGUAAGUUCUUCUACACAUUCUUCCAGGAGUUUACUCAGGAACCUUUUGUGGAGAUAGAAGGUGUCAGUAAAAUGGCUUUUCGUCAUUUAAUUGAGUUCACAUAUACAGCAAAACUAAUGAUACAAGGAGAAGAAGAGGCCAAUGAUGUGUGGAAAGCAGCAGAGUUUCUACAAAUGCUUGAAGCCAUCAAAGCCCUUGAAGUCAGGAGCAAAGAAAACUCAGCUCCACUAGAGGAAAGUACUACAGGAAAAAGUGAGGCAAAAAAAAGAAAAAUUGCAGAAACUUCAAAUGUUAUCACUGAGUCGUUGCCAUCUGCAGAAUCAGAACCUGUUGAAAUUGAAGUGGAGAUUGCUGAAGGCACAAUUGAAGUGGAAGAUGAAGGCAUCGAAACCUUAGAGGAGGUAGCUUCUGCCAAACAAUCCAUAAAGUACAUUCAGAGCACAGGUUCCUCUGACGACUCCGCUCUGGCAUUGUUGGCGGAUAUUACCAGCAAGUACCGUCAAGGUGAUAGAAAAGGGCAGAUUAAAGACGAAGACGGCUGUGCAUCUGACCCCACAAGCAAACAGGUAGAAGGUAUUGAAAUUGUGGAACUUCAGCUGUCACAUGUGAAGGACUUAUUCCAUUGUGAGAAAUGUAACCGUUCAUUUAAAUUGUUUUACCAUUUUAAGGAACACAUGAAAUCACACUCAACUGAGAGUUUCAAGUGUGACAUAUGCAAUAAAAGGUAUCUUCGCGAGAGCGCAUGGAAACAGCACCUCAAUUGUUACCACCUUGAAGAAGGUGGAGUCAGUAAGAAGCAAAGAACUGGGAAAAAAAUUCACAUUUGUCAGUACUGUGAGAAACAAUUUGACCACUUUGGACAUUUUAAAGAACAUCUUCGAAAACAUACAGGUGAAAAACCUUUUGAAUGUCCAAAUUGUCAUGAACGUUUUGCUAGAAAUAGCACCCUCAAAUGUCACCUGACUGCAUGCCAAACUGGAGUGGGGGCGAAAAAGGGAAGAAAGAAGCUUUAUGAAUGUCAGGUCUGUAAUAGUGUGUUUAACAGCUGGGACCAGUUCAAAGAUCACUUGGUAAUACACACUGGAGAUAAACCCAACCAUUGUACUUUAUGUGACUUGUGGUUUAUGCAGGGAAAUGAAUUUAGAAGGCAUCUCAGUGAUACUCACAAUAUUUCAGAGCGUCUAGUAACUGAAGAAGUUCUCUCUGUAGAAACACGUGUGCAAACUGAACCUGUGACAUCAAUGACUAUAAUAGAACAAGUUGGGAAGGUGCAUGUGUUACCACUGCUUCAGGUUCAGGUGGACUCAGCACAAGUGACUGUAGAACAGGUCCACCCAGAUCUGCUCCAGGACAGCCAAGUACACGAUUCACAUAUCAGUGAACUUCCAGAGCAGGUCCAGGUGAGCUAUCUAGAAGUAGGUCGAAUUCAGACUGAAGAAGGUACUGAAGUACAUGUAGAGGAGCUGCAUGUCGAACGGGUAAAUCAGAUGCCAGUGGAAGUACAAACUGAGCUUCUAGAAGCAGAUUUGGAUCAAGUGGCCCCUGAAAUCAUGAACCAGGAAGAGAGAGAGCCUAGCCAAGCAGAUGUUGCUGAGGCUGCCAGGGAAGAUCAUGAAGAGGCUGCGGAUAUAGACACCACGCCAACAGUGGAUUCCCAAGCUGAAAAGGCAGGGAAGGAGAACAGAACAUCUGUGCCGGUUUUAGAGUGAAAUAACAAAGGAUUAUAUUUUUAAAUAUAUGUGUUGGGUUUUUGAACUGAUGAUGGGCAGUGUGACUGUCCUUAAGCUAACAGACAAGUGGACCAAAGUUAAACUCUUUCCUGUUGUGCUGAACUGUUUCUACUGAAACAAACUGAUUCUCACUCCCACCCCAGUCCCCAUUAAUGCCACAGAGGAGGGAUUUUUCCAAUAAGGGAAGGGGGAACUUUGAGAAGUAUAUUUCUGUAAACUUAAAUGAUUAUAUUCUUAUUAUAUAGUUGGGUAUGAAUGUAUUUUCAUUGUGGUAAGGGUUCUCCCUUCUCUUUCCCAGGUCAUGUCCUUCCUCGAAUCUUUUCCAAUAUUGUAAAAUCAAAUGUAAAAUCAUUAGAAUACAGGCUUAUGUAUUCUAAUGCAUGUUAGAAAAUUGAAUAUAUAGGAAAAACAAGGCUGCAUGAAGAAAAGUGCAUUGUUACUGUGCAGUUAAAUUUUGGCUUCUGGCUUUCUUUAGUUUGAACAACAUUCUUGUCUACCUUAAUAGUUAACGACGUUAUCUCUGCGACAGAAAUGGAGUAGUGGUGGCAAAAUUCCUAGAAUGUUAAA